AUGCAAAGUCCAAGGUUUAGAAUUUGUGGAAAUUAUUUCGAAGUUGCGCCAAUGCUGGGCGCUGCCGCUCCAUCAAGGUACAUUCCAUUAUUGGACGACGACGACGUGGUCAGAUUGUAUCCUCAAGCACUAGCAAAACAAUUUAAAUUCGAUACACAUCUCGAGUACAUGCCAGUUGAUAUCGUGACCGGAUUCAAUUCUGCUAUUGACAUAUUUUGGUUCAAAGGCGAUCCACCAAUAAGAGAUGAUCAAGUGGAUUUCGUAUUAGUUGUGACUCAUGAAAUGUUACAUGGAUUAGGAUUCUUAUCAAGUUGGAAUGAUUAUUAUACACUUGAUGUAGUAAAAGGUCUAACACCGUUCCCUAGUUUCUUGAUGAAGGAUUUUGAAGAAAUCAAAGGCGAGGUGACAUUUACCGGAUUUCAAGAAAAUUGUUUCGAUAGACGUCUACAGUUAGCAUCAAACAAUGAACCAUUAUACAACACUGUAUUAAAAUUGAACACGUUUGCUGGUGGUGUUGAAAAUAAAACUAAAUUUAGCAGCUAUGACGAUUUCGCUAAUCAGUUUACGAAUUCUUCAAUUUUCCAAGAGUAUUCGGUGGGUAUCUUAAAUACAUCUACAACACCUGACACCAUACUAUUCAGGGCUCAUGAUGAUGAUGAAGAUCAAAUUUUUAUUGAAACAACAUUUUCACCGUUUAAACCUGGAUCUAGUAUGUCACAUUUAGAUAAUAUCACAAAUAACCAUACCGUUGACUUUGUAAUGAUGUGGAAAUCUGCCAGAGGUGUUACGGUGGCAAAUAUUACAGCCGCAAAUGGUGGUAAUACCACGUAUACAAAUUUGCUCGGGCCUAGAACCAUAAGAGUUUUGGAAACUUUAGGGUAUCAAACUGCAACUUAUCGCACACCUUAUAGGCCAAAAGCAGCUGUAGUUUCUGAUGAUAAUAACAAUACUACUUCUUCUUACUAUUAUAAUGUUCCACUAUUUUAA